CUGGGGCUGCCACAUCCCGGUCACACUGCGCCCACCAGGAAGAUUUUGCCAUUUCUUCGUCUUCUCUCGCAUUCCCUACACAACCACGAGACGGGAUUCGUAACUUCUUCAGGAUCUGCAUUAGUAUCUGCGUUAGCUUUGCGGAGCGCCUCAGGGGCUGGCAGGGCCGACUGGGGAAAUCAGCUUGGGUAUCCAUUGACGUUCACGAGCCCUUUCUUGCCCGGGACUAGCUUCACAGAGGAUGUCCGACCACUCGAUACCUACACACAGCUGGGGCCAAGUACCGCCCAGGCAUCAUCUUUACCCUCGUACUCUUGUCCUCGGCAGCUGAUUGGGAUUCGAGAAGCUUGACUCGAGGCCAAAAUUCAAGAGGGUUGCUCCUUCAGGGGCAACCCAUCACUGACUAUCACCUCGGCAAUUCGCCAUUGGGCUUAAAGCCGCCCAGCUGGUGUGUGCGUUGAGACGGUGAGAUAUUGUGCGCAUUGCGCGCAACGCAAUGACCCCCGAAAACCAUUGCCCCGGUCCGACUCCUUCAAACUCCCCCGCCGCUCGUCAACAGCGCUCUCUCCCCGCCAGAGCGACUGUCAAGAUGGGUUGGACAUACAACACCAAAGACCCCAACGCCCCGACGAUAGGGCCUAUGAUUACUGGCGUCACUAGCGCUCUUACUAUCCUCUCGCUCGUCACCGUCUGCCUCCGGACGUACUGCCGGGUAGUCAUCCUCAAGGCUUUUGGCAUCGACGAUUGGAUCAUCCCGGUAACAUGGGUCGCUGCUGCCGGGUUUGCCAUCGUCACCAUCGUCCAGACAAAAUGGGGCCUCGGGCUACGCCAUAUCGAUGACCUUCCCGCUGAAGACAUCUACAACUUUGGUCUUCUCCAAUACAUCGGCGCUCCAUUCUACAUCAGCAGCAUCCUGGGGUUCAAGCUCGCCCUGCUCUUCUCGUACCUGCGCUUCGUCCCGAUGGGCAUCUACCGCCACGCCGUGCACGGCGUCAUCACGGCAUGCAUCCUGUUCCACCUCGCCUUCCUGAUCGUGCAGAUCAACCUCUGCCAGCCCGCCCGGAAGCAGUGGGACCCCUCCGUCACCUGGGGCACGUGCAUCGCCGGCGUGCCCUUCUACACCUCGGUGGCCUCCAUCACGAUCCUCUUUGACGUGACAGUAAUGCUCCUCCCCUUCCCAAUCCUCCUCAAAUCCCGCAUCCAAACCCGCAAGAAGCUCGUGCUGCUCGCCCUCUUCGGCCUGGGCACCUUCAUCACCGUCAUCCAGAUCAUCCGCAUCCAGACGGUCAAGCGGCUGGUGCACUACACCGACUCGGCGCCCCUGAUCCUCUGGUCGGCCGUCGAGAACAACCUGGGCCUCAUCGUCGCCAACGUGCCUACGCUGGCCCCGCUCGUCAAGUACUACCAUGAGCAGCGCAGUUCCCGCGGCGGGAGCAAGGGCGGCAAUAACACCCACGGCGGCCUCCCGUCCGGCUACGGCGGGAAUACUAAAACUAAUAAUAAUAGUGGUGGUGUCGGUGCUAGCCUAGGAUACGCCCGGGGCUCGCGCUAUGCGCGCAGCCGGCUGUCGUCCAGGGCGGCGGCGGGCAUGCAGGCGUUGGGAAGCAUGGGCGGCGCGAGCGUGCACGACGGGACCGAGCUGGGCAGCUUCGGUGCCGCGGGCAGGUGUGUGAGUAGUAACGGCAAGGGCAAUGGGAGCAUGGAUUCGAUUUUGGAUAGUAGUAGUAGUGGGCGGAGUAUUGAUGAUGAGGAGGCCGGCAAGGUCGAUAGGCACCGGGAUGAUGAUGAUGGAAUGGUGGUGGUGCCUGGGGCCAUCAGCAAGAAGGUUGAGGUUGUUAUCACGCGAACUUGAGAAACUCUGUUUUUUCCUUUUCCUUUUACUUUUCUUUUUCUUUUCUUUUUUUGUUUUUU